UGUUUAUUCAACCCAACUUGUUUUUUCCAAGUGAAAGCGCGUCCAACCUCCCCCACAAUGUCUCCUCCGAUCGCUUCUGGAAAGUCUGAAUCAGGUACCGCCCGUUUCUUGGGCAGUGCCAGCUCUGGUGUUAUGGAAUUGUUGAUUUUCCACCCUGUCGAUACUGUUGCCAAGCGUCUCAUGAGCAACCAGAGUAGAAUCUUUGGUGACGGUAAGAGUACUGCGGAGAGCAGAGCAGCCUUGAGCAAGGUUGUCUUUAAGGACGCUGCCAACGAGGCUUUCAUGAAAAAGUACGCUUCGCUUUUCCCUGGUCUUGGUUUCGCUGCCGGCUACAAGAUCGCUCAGCGUGUGUACAAGUUUGGUGGUCAGCCUUUCGUCAAGGAUUACUUGAACACCCACCAUAAGGCAGUCUUCACCAACACCUUUGGUGAAAAGACCGGCAAGACGAUCAUGCACGCCACUGCUGGCAGUUUGGUUGGCAUUGGUGAGAUUGCUCUGCUUCCCUUGGAUGUUUUGAAGAUCAAGCGUCAAACCAACCCCGAGGCCUUCCGUGGCCGUAGUUUCGUCACGAUCAUCAAGGAUGAAGGCAUGGGCUUGUACCGUGGUGCCGGCUGGACUGCUGCUCGUAACGCUCCUGGUUCGUUCGCCUUGUUCGGUGGCUCUGCCUUUGUCAAGGAAUACAUGUUUAGUCUUCAGGACUACAACAAGGCCACCUUCUUCCAGAACUUUUGCGCUUCGAUCGGUGGUGCUGUGGCUUCGAUCACCGUUGCCGCUCCCUUGGACGUCGUCAAGACGCGUAUCCAGAACCGUAACUUUGACAACCCCGAGUCUGGCUUAAACAUCAUCAAGGAUCUCGUCAAGAAGGAAGGCUUUGGCGGUUUCUUCAAGGGCUUGACGCCCAAGAUCCUUGUGGUUGGUCCCAAGCUGAUCUUCUCCUUCACUGUUGCCCAGCAACUCAUUCCUGUGUUCGACAGUGCCCUCAAGAAGUAAACAUGGGGGUAUAUACGCUUUGUCUUCUUAUACAAUCUAAUUCAUGUGCAUAUUAAAAAAAAGAAAAGACAUCUGCACCCUCAUCUCUCUCUCUCUCGCCCCCUCCCUCCUCGUUUCUUAUUUUUUCAACACUUUCGAUAGAUACAGCAUCUUUUAUACAUCCUUUUUUUCUUUUCAUUUUGUGCUUUUAUUUUAUUUUUAUUUCUGUUUAUAUAUCUGUAUAGUCCUGGUGUUUUUUUUUCUCAGCCUUUUGUGUUUAUAUAUGUAUAUAUAUUAUAAUAAAGGGAAGAAAACGGACGUAUCAAAAAAAGUUUCAUUGAAAUCUCUGCUGUAAAAGUUGUGCUGACUAUCCCAGGGUUUUCCCACCUAAAACAGUCAGGGGGAAAUGGAUAGGUGGUAUUUAUCUGUCAAAUCAGGAAACCAAAAGAAUAAUAGUCUAUG